AUGAUCGACCCCAUCGACGAGUACUCCAUGCCGCAGCCGAAGGGGCUCGAUGGCAAGAAGUUGAAAACCACCGCGAAAGAGGGUUUGGACAUUGAGGACGAGGACGAGAAGAAGAAGCUGGAGGAGAUGAAGGCCGAGUUUGAGCCUCUCACCAAUCACCAAGUUGAUGAACCCUCGGAGAUAAGGUGGAGAAGGUCAUUGUUAGCUCUAGGAUGGCGGACUCUCCUUGCGUGCUGA